CGGUGACAGGAGGAAGGGGACACGCGCCCAGAAAAGCGAGAGAGAGAGAGAGAGAGAGAGAGAGAGGAGAAAAGAAAAAGAAGAACAAGUUGGACACUUCAUUGAUUGUUUGCUUUCCCCUCAGCCCGGCGAUCGAUCCCCAAACUGGACUGCUCAUCGGUACCGGAGUCGGUGGAGCAUGCGGCUCGGUUCUCUCUUCAGGGUCUAUGCGCUGUGGGCCUUUGUGGAGGUCGCGACCUCCGUGACCAAGCCCGCCAAGAGGAAGGUGGCAGGGCGGAGAUCCAGACAGGUGUUUGAGGCGGAGCCCGUGGAGGGGGUGUGGUCCGUGUGGACCGAAUGGUCCGAUUGCUCCCAGUCAUGUGGCGUGGGCGUGUCACAGAGAAGCAGGAAUUGUCUGCCGCCUCCGCUGAUCUCACCUCCCGUCUCCUACUCGGUGCCCAACUGGGGCGGGCCUCUUCCAGCGGGAGUUGGGGGUCCGAUCAUUUCUCCCAUGCGCCCCUACAAUCCUUCACGUCAACACCCGCCUCAUAACCAACUACCCAACGCCAACCAGGGGGUGUCACUUUAUCGGAAUACCCCGCCAGAGGGCGACGCGGGGCUGACCAAUCCGUCGUCACCUUUCCAUCAAGCUGAAUACCCCGUGGGCCAUCAGAACCGAGUGUCUGUGUACCGAUCGCCUUACCGCGCUCCCUCACGUGCCUACAAUCAACAGCAACGUACCGCCAGGAGGCCCAGCAACCCUGGAGCUUUGAGGGCCGGAGGAGGAGGCAGCAGAAGGUCGGUCAGCACCAGUCGGGAAAGUUUGCCUGUCAGGAGGUCUUCGCCCAUCCGUCCAGGUCAGUUUGGUUACGGCAAAGUCCCUUUUUCCCUGCCUUUGCACCGACCCAGUCGUCAGGCUCGCCACACUGCUAACGGCACAACGUCGGCACCCAAACUAGCUGCCAGUGAUGAGGAUAAUGAUGAUGAUGAUGAUGAUGAAGAAGACACAACCACCGGCGCCCCCGCUCCUACAGCGAUGCCACAGGCCAGAAGCGAACACAGGCGUGUCCGAGUCCCACCGUCUCCUCACCUCCUCACACGUUCCCCUUCUUCGUCAUCAUCAGUCCUCGCCAGUCAUCGCCGCUUCGAUUGGCGCGCUGUCACCGCUCCGCCGCCACCUGUUUCAUCUCACUCGCACCCCAACUCACAGGCCCCCAGUCCCCCUUUCCCCUACUCCUCGCCUCUGCACCGACCCUUGCACAGGGAGUGGGCGCCUCACCCGGGAUUUGGAGCCGAGGCCCAGCAAGCCAGCAACAUGUAUCUGCUUCAGCAACCACAUGGACAACACAUUGGGGAGGAGGCAGGUGGCCUAGGUGGAAGAACACCGCAGAACUACAAAUGCUCUGGUCCUGAGAAGGAAUAUCGCAGGUGCUUCUUGCAGGUAUGUGCCGGAGCCACGCUGGAUUCAAGAGCAGAGCAAUGUGCCGCCUUCAACGCCAAAGAGUUUAUGGAUCGUCUCUACAAAUGGGAACCUUUCACUGAGGUCGGUCCGGAAAAACAGUGUGAGCUGACAUGCCGGCCGGCGGGCUAUCGCUUCUACGUUCGCCAGGCUGAGCGGGUGCGAGAUGGGACGCCUUGCUUCAAUGUCACCUCCAACGAUGUCUGCGUAGGGGGACAAUGUCUGACCGAAGGCUGCGACGGCGUCCUGGGCUCCGGCUCGGUGCUUGAUAAAUGCGGCGUUUGCGGUGGGCGGGACUCCUCCUGUCAGAAGGUGACAGGCAGCUUCCAAAAUGUCACCGUUCCCCUUGGCUACCACAAGAUCUUGGACAUCCCGGCCGGGGCGACCUUCAUUAACAUCACAGAGAGACGUGCCAGUCCCAACUACCUGGCCAUGAGGAGCGGGACAGGGGCUUCAGUGGUGAACGGGCGCUGGGCUGUAGACCCUCCGGGGGAAUACCAGGCGGGCGGAACUACAUUCACGUACGCCCGACCUAGAGCGCAGGCGGAGAGCGACGAAGACAGAGGAGAGUCCCUCAGGGCCCCCGGACCCACCAGUACACAGCUGCACCUUUACAUCAUUUUCCAUCAGCAGAACCCAGGCAUCGACUAUGAGUUUUACAUCCCGGUGGAGAAGAAGGAGGGGGAGACGCCCAGGGAGAGGCAGCUGGCAAGGGCAUCGCUUCGCAGUCCUCUCACUGUGUCAAUAGAAGAGCCUCCUCCUGCCGGCCCUCCGCUUUCUAUCCCUUCUUUUCCCACCUCCUCCUUGUCUUCCUCCUCUUUAUUUUCUCCCCCGCUGGUUGAUCACUGGGCAGCCGAGAGGUCCCGACCCCGGUCCUCGGCACCCAACCGUAAUGCUCGGAUCCCGCCUCGUACUGACUUGCCGCUGGACACUCAGUCGCCGUUCGUGUGGAGGAGAGGCGCGCUGUCGCAGUGUUCGGUUUCCUGUGGCAAAGGUCAUCAGUAUCGAGAUAUCAUCUGCAUCGACCGCCAUACCGAUGAUGAAGUCCCUGAGAGGAAAUGUGACUCUGCGACCAAACCUGUACCAGAGGAGGAGCCUUGCAAUGUCCAUGCCUGUCCGCCAUUCUGGGAGGCGAGUGCUUGGUCGGAGUGCAGCGUGUCCUGCGGGCCCGGCAUGCAGCAGCGCCAGCUCCAAUGCAGGCAGAGUUUUGGCAACCGCUCCACCAUGGUCCACCCCCAGCGCUGUGCCAACCUCACCCCGCCAGACUCCACACAGGCCUGCCAGCUGCAGCUGUGCUCCCACUGGGAGGUUGGCUCCGACUGGAGCACGUGCUCAGUGGACUGCGGCGUGGGAAAGAGGACGAGGAGCGUGCGUUGCGUGAGCGAUCAGGGCAGCGUGGUGAACGACAUGGAGUGCAGCUCCAGGGUUCGCCCACGAGGCAGCGAGGAAUGCAACAUGGGUCCUUGCGUGACCAACUGGUACUCGUCCGCUUGGUCCAGCGCUUGCUCAGCGCAUUGUGGCCCUGGUGUGCAGAAGAGGGAGGUGGUGUGUCUGACCCGCGGUGGGGUCCGAGAAGGCGAGGGAGCUGGGGACUGUGUCGGGGAAAGACCAGCUGAGUUGAAGGCAUGCAAUGGGGGUCCUUGUAUGCCGAUCACCAUGUGGUACAGCGGCCCAUGGACGCAGUGCAAUGUUCCAUGCGGGAACGGAACCCAGCGACGGGACAUCAUUUGUGUCCGGAAGAUGGGCAACGACUUUGCAGUGGUGCCCUCUUCUGAAUGCGCCCAAAUGGAUAAACCAGCCGCCGUGCAAGAGUGUGACGCGGGAGACUGCCAUCCACAGUGGUUCACAACAGAGUGGAGCGCGUGCUCGCGCUCUUGCGGAAAUGGCCUACAGAUGAGGGAGGUACGGUGUCUGACGGGGGACAAAAAGCACAGCCAGAACUGCGAUAUCAACAUCAAACCGGAACAGGAACAAAGCUGCAACACCCUACCCUGCAGUCCGCAAGUCACAGAUGAGAACUGCAGGGACAGACGGCACAAUUGCGUGAUGGUGGUGCAGGCCAGGCUCUGCGUCUACUCCUACUACAAGACGGCGUGCUGCGCCUCGUGCACGCACAGUGCUCUGCGUGCCAAGAGACAUUGACGGGCCAAUCGCAGGCAGCCCCAGUGUGCAAGAAGUUAAAGGUUGGGCCUCAGUAGCCCAAUCGGCCCCCUGUUGAGUGACUACUCUCUCGAAAUGGGCAGCCCAGAGUAGGCCAUCUACCUGCGGAGGCAUUUUGUCUAGAACAUUUAGUCAUGUAGCCUUCUUUUUCAGGUAAAAACACUGUGAAAGCAGCCAGUUCUUUCAGCAGUCAUUUAUAUCACCACAUCUUGCCUCUCCUUACUCACUGUGUUAGCCUGAGCCUUAUAGGCCGAGUGGUUUCCACUCCUGCAAGCUCGUUGUUAUUUUUUUUUUAAAGGAUGGUGCUCACAAAGUAUGAAGUUUAUUUUUUUUCCCAAGCAGCCUUUUAUUUAAAGAUUCCUUUUUAUCUGAAAGAGCAAGUCAUGUAUACCUCCAGGUUUUGACUAGAAAAUGUGCAUCAUGUAGGACUUAGUAGACUUGGACCACUGUAUAUACUGUAUUUGUGUACAGAGCAGUUGCUCUCCCAUCCAGCCACGUUGGCCAAUUAGCAAAGGAUUUUUGUCAUAUUUGUUUGCCCCCCCCCCCCCCCCCAAAAAAAAAAAAAAAUCCUUUCAGGACCCUUUCAUUGUUCAGUACAGCUUGAAAGAAAAGAUAAACCAAAGGGCGAAGUCAAUGACCAAAUAUGACAAAAAAAUGGACGGUAUAAAAUACUGUAUUAAGCAUGUUAAAAGUUGAAUUGGUACCACAAUGAAGUGAUGCCACACAUCUUAAUUAAGCCAAGCCAAUUUAACAUGAUCUUUGUCAUUAAAGCACGCAAACAGGCCAAAUGAUAUUCACAGCGUUCAAUUCCAAGUUCAGUUCGGAAAAGUCUCAUUUUCACUAUUCUAGCGAUUAUAUAUAUCCUAGUUCCACUUUCUCCUGAUAGCUAUUUAGCACAAUGCCGUAAUCAACUGUAUAUACGGUAUGUGUGUGAACACCCUCGUCAGUUUAAGCUCCUUUUUUUCAUACCUCUCACACAGUACAAAAUCAGCAUACACACUCCCACUCCUGAAGUGAGGGAUCUGUAUAUUAUGUUUUUAAUGUGUAUAAGAUGUUUUGAACAUAGUAGGCGCUUAUAUUUUUUAACUGAGUGUAGUCGUUGUAGACUGAAUUUAUUCACAUGUAACUGGCAUAUACGUAACUUUAAGAAGAGAAUCCGGAUGUCUGUUUUUGUAAUAAUUCACGUGCUUCCAAGAAAUUCAUCUUGUCCCCCUUGUAGUGACGUUUUAGAUAUACAAACCAAGAAACGAUAGUAAUUUAUCUGUAUCUAAAAAACAUGUAAUUUAUUUUUUUUAUUUUUCUCUUGGCACCCCCUGAUUUUUUGAUAACAAACACAUAUUUUCUUCCUCCACACACACACAUCUCCUAGUACACAAAAAGAAUGUGACAAACUAACUAACCCAGUGCUUAAAAAGUGAUCUCAAUAAAACUGAAACAACGGA